UACUAUGCCCUUCCUCGUCUCUGGGUGCCUAUGUAUUCGCCGUAAGCCUCUCCUCGUUUAAUGUAAGGAUGUCCCUAUGGUACGGCAGAGGACCCAAAUAUAUGAAACGCAGCGUUUCGGGAGCUUUGCGAAACAGUUCAGCGGCGCUGCUGAGGAGACAUUACAGCAGGCGCUGAGACCGGAAGGGAAGAGAGAGCGGAGACUGGGCGACCGGAAGAUGGCGGUUGGCGGAGCUUCACCGCGAUGGGGCUACGUCCGGAUCAUCACUGGCACCAUCCUCGGCGGCGUCCUCGGCUUCUACGUCAUGCAUCGGGUCGAGAUCAGCUACAAGGAGAAGAUGAAGGAGAGGCUGAGGGAGUACGAGGCCGAGAUGAAGAGGAAGCAGCAGCAGCUGAGCGAGCUUGAUGAUUCCGUUUAGCUUUUUAGCUCUAUCGGAUCGGUGCGGUCUUGUCGAGUUAGUGGUUACUGUUUGGUUGCUAGGAAGUCUGUACACAUUGAAGGAAGGAGAAACCGUCAACCAAUUUUUCGGGCAAUUCCAGUCCUUUGAGGUUUAAUCUUACAAUUUUGGCCUUUUAUCUGCUACUUUCAAUCAUGAAUGAGUAUUCAGUGGAAGUUCUGUAGCGCAAAGCCGGAAACUUCUAUGUGAUUUACGGUCGGUUUAAGCAACCUGUUGCUGCUUUGCGACCUCUUUGUCAA